CGUACAUAAGUAGGUUCGUGCUUUAAAAUUUAACUGGGAAGAACGCGAACCAAAAGGAAAAUUGAUUAACUUCUACCUAGCGCCAGCUCGAAAUUGACAAAGGCUGAAGAUCGUUAAGUGAGCCGACAAAAAGAUGAACGAGACAAUCGAAGUCACGUUUUGUCAAUGUUCGAACUUAAUAUCGCGCACUUUAAUGAUUGCCACGGCUAUGAUUGGAAGCAUUAUUGGAAAUGGCAUAACUUGUAUUUUAUUUAUUCGGUUCAAGACGCUACGCACGGUGCCAAACAUUCUGAUCGUCAAUCUGGCCAUCAUAGACAUCCUCAAUGGACUCACCAACAUGCCUCUCUUUAUCAUGUGGUACAUUUGCAAGUUGCAUUUCCUCAAGGGUCGUGCACUUUCGUGGUUCAUAGUGACAUGGUAUGUGCUGUUCAUGUACCUGACAGUGGUUAAUCUCACUGUGCUUACGUUGGACCGAUUUGGGGCCAUUGUGCUCGGCUUUCGCUACCAUUCAUGGAAGACGUUAAACAAGGCAAAGAUAGCAGUACUUUUUGUAUGGUUUCUGGCGGCUGCUUACACUUAUGGUAUGUUUAUACUGGGGCUUGACUUUGAUAUCGGAGAUGUACCUGUGCUCGAGUACAGGAUAUACUACUUCAAAAACUUUGGAAGAUAUUUUAUUAUGCCUGGUUAUCUGGUUCCCUUCUCGAUCAUGCUUAUCUUAGGAGUCACGAUUUGGCGCACCGUAAGUAACCAUAGACGGAGGCUGUCGAUAUUCUAUCCACAUUUGAAGCAAGUUAGAAGCGACGUUAAGACGGCCAAGACAAUUUUCUUGACUGUGAUUGCCUUCCUCAUUCUUGGCAUUUUGCCAAUGUCGCUACACAGCGUCGCAAAAAAACACGGAACUUGGCUUAAUUUCCUUGCGUAUUUUCUCAUGGAUUUGAACAGCAUGGUAAACCCGAUCAUAUACUCGCUAAGGACUCGGAGGUUUCGCAAGGCUUUUUUGCUGUUGCUCAAGGAUCCUUUUGGCACCUCACAACCAUAUAUGACAUCCGUAUCAGUACGGCGGAGGGAAAAUGGCUCGCAAGACACGAGAGCACAACAGUCAAGUUUAAGAGAUGAAAGCUAUAAAGACUUUUUGAACUAUCGAUGCUCCCGUUCGACGAAUUUAGAAAAACAAAAACCAAAUUGUGGAAAUGUGGGCUCCAAAAGCGUUGAUAAUACCACACAGAGCCGGGUCUGAAC